UUGAUAGUUUUAUUGGUUUCUUAAUUUCUGCCAUUGCAAACUACGAUGGUUCUCAUAAACGGAAGAAGGAAUAGAAUAAUGAUAUUCUCUGCAAUGGUGUUUUCAUGUUGGUGUUGGAGGGAAUCUCGAAUUUUAUCCUUUGCUGGAGAGGAACAGAAAGUUCAUCCGGAUCCGCAUAGGGAUCCUGAUGUGGACCAACUCAGGAGGUUUUCAUUGGAGGAACUGAAACUUGCAACAGAUUAUUUCAGCAAUGAAAACAUACUGGGUAGAGGUGGAUUUGGUAAGGUUUACAAGGGGCGUUUGGAAGAUGGUUCAAUUGUUGCUGUAAAAAGACUGGAGAAUGAACCUACACCUGAUGGGGAACUUCAGUUUCAAACAACAACCGGGAUCAUCAACAGGGCUGUGCAUCGAAAUGUUCUUAGGCUACGUGGGUUUUGUAUGACAACUUCUGAAAAGCUUCUUGUUUACCCCUACAUGGCUAAUGGGAGUGUUGCCUCCCACUUAAGAGAGCGACCUCCAUCACAGCCUGCACUUGAUUGGCCUACCAGAAAGAGAGUUGCAUUGGGAUCUGCAAGGGGUCUUUCUUAUUUGCAUGUUCACUGUAAUCCAAAAGUUAUUCACCGUGAUGUGAAAGCUGCAAAUAUUUUGUUGAAUGAGGAGUUUGAAGCUGUUGUUGGGGACUUUGGGCUGGCUAAAUUGAUGGACUACAAUGAUUCUCAUGUCAUCACUGAUGUAUGUGGUACAGCAGGGCAUAUAGCUCCAGAAUACCUCUAUGCUGGGAUAUGUUCAGAGAAAACUGAUGUUUAUGGGUAUGGAAUUAUGCUUCUGGAGCUAAUUACUGGACAGAGGGCUGUUGACCUUGCUUGGAUUGCAGCUGAAGACGAUCUUUUGUUGCUUGACUGGGUAAAAGUCCUCCUGAGAGAGAAUAGUUUAGAAGCGCUAGUUGAUCCUGAUCUCCAAGGCAAUUACAUAGAAGCUGAGAUGAAGCAGUUAAUCCAGAUCGCAUUGCUUUGCACACGAGGAUCACACUUGUACAGGAGUAAGAUGUCAGAAGUGAUGAGAAUGCUUGGAGGUUAUGGCUUAUCAGAGAGGUGGGAUGAAUGGCAGGAAAUGGAGAGUUCUGACCAGGAGUUGGGACAGGGCUUUCAACCUUUUCACUUUACUGGUGAUUCAACAGAGAAUCUACCUCCAAUUGAGUUAUCUGGUCCAAGAUGACUCUUCCCUUUUAGUUACUACCCUUUCUAUAGAUCAAUAACUGACCCCAGUCACCUUCAUGAUUGAUCAUACAACCCUUGAAUAAUUGUAUGCAUCCGGAAAGUAAAGCAAAUGCAUACAUUUUCAGGUUC